UUACAAAAUGUCGAUUAGAACAAGUAUAUAUGCUAUUAAUGCUUUAAAAAGGACUUCACAAUUUAACUGUGCCAGAAAAAUUGAAAAUUCAAGAUGUUUCCAUUCUAAACCAUUAACACUUGCAAUGUGGGGAGAAAAAUUUAAUCAGUUCAAACCACAAGUUGAAGCAGAGGAUAGCAAUGAUCGGGCGUUGCGGGAAUUAGAUGUUACUUUACUAAAGCCCCACCCUGAGUGGAGAAAUUCUGCUGCGGGACCAAUUUGGCCAAAAGAUUAUCAUAAACUGUUAUGGGAGAAAUGGGAGAAAAAUUUACAUUUUAAACAAGAUAAAGUGGAACAGGAUAAAGAUUGGGAAAAUUAUUGUGAAGAAAAUGGGUUUUCUCCGCAAGAGUAUCUAGAAACUGCAGAUUUCCGAACCCUGUAUGGGGAAAGGCUGAUUUGGGAAAAUUAUGUUCGAAACUUCAAGGGAGGCGUUCAACCACAACAAACCAGGAGUAAUUGCUUUAGAAAAGGCGAAAUGUCAACUGGUUCCCCGUGCCCACUAUGCAGAGAUGAAAAGAUAAUGGUUACCUACAAUAACCUCCCACUUUUGCACCACUUCAUUGACAAACAAACCGGCCAACUUUACUCCAACUUACGAACAGGGGCGUGCAGGUUUAAACAUAGGAGGCUGGUCAAGGCAUUCAGCAUGGCCAAAGAUUUUGGUUACCUGGCAGCUGAAGCUGAAUUUGUGAAAUACGACUUAACAGAUCACCGCGUCAACUAUUCAGCAUUAUGAGACCAAUGCAACAAUUGCAUGUGAGAUGUUGUUUUAUUUUCAAUACAAGUAGCCACCAAUGGGUAAAAUUAUUGCACAUUUUGCUUCAGAUUGUUGCAAGGAUAUUUUAUUGCAAAAAAGCUAUUUUGUGUUAUCAAUACACAUAACUGUGUGACUAAAAA